AGAGUCGAUGGCUUCUCUGAUUUGUUACUUGCGGCCUGGUUUAUAUUCCUCCAUAGACAAGGCAGUUUUGCAGCUCAGACGCCAGUCAUCGACGUUAUUACAGCAUUUUUCAGCUCAAUUAGACAUCAUAAUUUGGCCUCAUCUUUGAGCACGGUUGCAUUGGAUCAAAUCCGUGCUGCAUCUAUUGAUGCCCUAACAAAGAUCAAUUUUUUCAACGAAUUUGAUUCAUUGUUCGUGAGAAAUCAUCCGUUUGAAGAUGCUUUUGAUCAAUAUAUUAGGAUUAGCCUUCCUCGAACAUAUCAGGAAGAUGUAUUUCGAGAAAUGUACAGCACUGAUUGCAUAAGCAGCUGUAAUGAUGGGAGGAGUAUAUUUGUGCGUAAAUUAACUCCGUUGCUGAAAGAGGCAUUAUCGGAAAGGAUCAUGGAUUUUGAUUUUUGCAUACCUAACAGCCAAGAAUCUCCAAUGUGGGAUGUGCAUGAGAAACCAGCCGUAUGUCUAGCGGAAGACGAUGUCUCAGUGUUACUUGGUCUUCGACUUGCACCAAAAUGGAACAGUCCAUUGACUCGUGGACCACCAGCUAAAUCCGCAGAAGCGGCGCAUUUUCGUGAGUUCUGGGGUGAUCGAUGUGAGCUGCGCAAGUAUCCGGAUAAUGCAAUUUGUGAAACAGUCGCAUGGAACUCCCCGGAUGUCCCGCUUCUCAUCUGC